AUGAGAGAAGGAAAGGAAGAAGAGAAGGCGAAGCUGGCUCUUGUGUUAGCUGCAAAGUCAAGAUCAUUGUUGUACACGUCAUCACCUGCAAGUCCACGUGUGUUUGCAUCUCCGAUUCACACUCUUGCCUCUGUUCCGUUUUGCUGGGAAGAGCAACCAGGCAAGCCCAAGAACCCUCUUCGUCCUCUUUCUUACCCGAAGUGUCUUGAUUUGCCACCACGAUUGCUCCUCCCUGGUGAAUUCACGCAAAUGCCCAUGGCCGAGAGGAAACACAGGCUCUUUGGGUUCUUGAGGAGGAAAGGGAGAGGGGAGAUUGUUGUCAGGGGUAGUUAUGUCUUUCUGUCGGAGAACGAGAGAGCAGGUGAGAUCAACAACAUGACGAUCAUGAAGUUUAACAGGUCAGGGAGUUUCCAUGGUGGUGGCCCUGUCAAAGGAUCUCACUUUUGGGGAAGUUUAUGUAGGGGAAUGAAGCAAGCAAUGCCAUGGAAGAACAAGAAGCUGAGAAACGAAAAGGUUUAA